UAAAGUGCAAAAUAAAACAAAAUGGAAAAGACCAAUAACAUUUCUGAGUCUGAACUCAAGAAAUCUGAGAGGGCUGCGGCCUUGAAAAUUAAAGCAGAAUACAAAGGCCUGCAGAGGUACAGUAAUGUAUUGAGAGUCCAAAAGAAGGACCUCCAGCAGAUAUUAGACAAAAUGGAGAAGGAUGUCGACCCAGCUCCGCUAAAAAUUUUAAUUUAUCCCCCGACAUCUGCUGAGACAAUCAAAGCUGCUCAAGGGGAGGAUAUCACUGAACUGAAGCCUUUGACAAGUGACUUGGAGGCUUCCAAGGAUAAGGGGGAGAAUUCAGCCACAAAGCCUCUUUCAAGCACCUCGGCAGUAUUUCUAGACGAUAGUAUUUCAAACUCUCACGAACUGCCGCAAACAAAAGUAUUCUUGGAAAUGCCAACAGACCACUCUGCAAAGGAUGAAGACGCACUCGAUUUUCCUACAAUCUUUCCAAGUACGGACGAAGCUAAGAGUUCUGACGAAGCUUCAAUAGCCUUGGACUAUCCAUCAGUUCUUCCACGAGAGGUCAUGGUUCCCCCGGAUAAUCCAUCAGAACCACUCCAAAUGUUCGUCUCCGAGGAGAAUCUAUCAAACUCUGAACCUAGACCGGACACUCGAAAAUCCGUAUUUGAAGAAGACGCCAAUAUGAAGACGGAAGAUGACGUUCCGUUAAAUACAAUGGAUAUCUUCUCAAGCCCGAAUCUAUCGGGCUCUGAAUCAGACUCAAGUACUCAAGACGCCAAUAUGAAGACGGAAGAUGACAUUCCGCUGAAUAAGCUUGGGGAGAAAUCACGCAAGACAACUCCCGGGUUGGAGACCAAUGAGCCUACGUAUAUGCCAGGCAGCUGUUAUGAGUGGAAUAAAUUCAAUAAGGUUGACCAGAGCUCCAAUAAAACGCUACAUCGGAUGGUGUCACCUGGGGUGUACACAGAGGAAAGGUGUCAAGGAAACGAGCCAUCCUUGGGGAAUCAUCAACCGGACUCUGAACCAGAGGAGAUUCCCUUAGCGAAGUCGGAGAGUGGUGAAUCGUUGGAGAUGAGCGAUCUUGAUGUAGAGGCAUCAUCCUUAGGGAAUCAUCAACCGGACUCUGAACCAGAGGAGAUUCCCUUAGCGAAUUCGGAGAGUGGUCAAUCGUUGGAGAUGAGCGAUCUUGAUGUAGAAUCAUCAUCCUUAGGGAAUCAUCAACCGGACUCUGAACCAGAGGAGAUUUCCUUAGCGAAUUCGGAGAGUGGUCAAUCGUUGGAGAUGAGCGAUCUUGAUGUAGAGACAUCAUCCUUAGGGAAUCAUCAACCGGACUCUGAACCAGAGGAGAUUCCCUUAGCGGAUUCGGAGAGUGGUCAAUCGUUGGAGAUGAGCGAUCUUGAUGUAGAGGCAUCAGAGGCAUUGGUUGAGGUACUGAAGUCCACCCAGGGGUCAGAACGAGAGAAAGUUGCAGACGAAACAUACAUCAAGUUAUUUUCAUUUUUAUUUGUUUGUUGUCUGGCCUACCUUUUCAUUUACAUGUUAAUUUGUAUUUUUUGACCAAAAUAAUGUUCUAUUUUAAAAUCUAUAAU